AUGGCGGCCGCAGUCUCUUCCACCGAAGAGAAGACGGCGGACAUCAUUGGGGCCAACCGGUCCGAUCAUGAGUUUCAGACCUCCCUGGCCGAGUUUGGCCUGCGCUUAAACGAGAAUGGAUUCAUUCGAUGGGGAAACGACAAUCCGAAACAUCCCCGGAACUGGUCCGGCAAAGCCAAGGCAUACAACGCCGUCAUUAUCCUCCUGCUGGAGUUUAUCACCAGUGCUGUUGGUACGGCUGGCACCGCCGCUGCCCAGUCCAUGCAGGAUGACUUUGAUGUGGACUUGGCCCUCUCCAUCUUUUGUCUGACCUCCACCUAUCUCAUCGGUCAAGGCAUCGGGGGUGUCUUUUUCCCUCCGUAUUCCGAGAUCUUUGGCCGCAAGACCCUGUAUAUUGUCUCGACCUUCAUCUACUGUAUCUUCUCGAUCAUCACCGCGAGCGUCCAUGCCCUCCCCGCCAUCAUCAUCGCGCGCUUUCUGUCGGGAUUGGCGUCCGCCGUGCCCACGAUUGUCGUGGCCGGCAGCAUGGAAGAUCUGUUCAACACGCGAGCCCGGGUGUGGAUGAUCUUCAUCUGGGCGGUCAUUGGCAAUGCUGCCGUCUGUGUUGGACCCAUCUACAGCGCCUAUGUCACCCAGUCGGUGGGAUGGCGGUGGGUGUUCUACAUGGCCGCUAUCGGUCUGGGCGUCCUGUUGGGAUUCUGCUUCUCGCUCCGGGAGACUCGUCCCAGCUUGCUGCUGGAGCGAGAGGUCAGUGUGUUGCGCAAGCACCAGCCCUCCCGGGACAUCAAGACCCUCAACCCGGACGUGGCGCCGGACUUCCACACCCUGAUCGUCGUGACGCUGCUCCGACCCCUGCGACUCCUCUUCACCGAGCCGAUCAUCAUGGCCGUGGCCUUCAUGGGGUCGAUCACCUGCGCCCUCUUCUACCUGCAGGCCGAGUCCAUUCCUCUCGUGUUCGAAGCCUACGGCUGGUCCACCGCCACGGCCUCCCUGGGCUUCGUGCCGGUGUUGCUCGGUUGUCUCUUUAGCUCUCUCACCCGAUUCUAUGACCACCAUCACCUGGCGACGAUCAUCAAAGGCGGACGGGCCGUGGAGCCCGAAGACAAACUGAGAGGGUUCGCGCUGGCCGCACCCUGCCUGGCCGGUGGACUCUGGCUCUUCGCCUGGACGAUCCCCCCCCUCACCAGCGUCCACUGGAUGGUGCCAAUGAUCGCCCAAUUCUUCGUCGGCUUCGCGCUGAAUGAAAACGUCUACACCCUGACCGGGUACCUCGCCGACAGCUACACCAUCUACGCGGCCUCGGGCUUUGCCGGUCUGAUCCUAGCGCGCGCCUCGACGUGUGCCAUCAUCGUCCCCUUCACGCGCGCCAUGUACGUCAAUCUGGGCUACAACGUAGCGACCUCGAUCCUAGCGGCCAUCGCCACGCUCUUCUGUGUGGCCCCGGUGGUGUUCCUACGCUAUGGAAAGCGGAUCCGGGAAGCGAGCGUGUUUGCCAAGUUGAGCUUGACGACCUAUCGGGAGAAUCGGGUCGAGGAUGAUAUGGAUAGUUGUUAGGCCGAACCUGAUACAGUGGAUGGAUGGGAUAGAUCGGAAAGAGACCAUCUGAUCCAAUGCCAACAUUGCAUUCAGAUGGAUUGUAUGG